CGGCUCCCGGCUCCCGGCUCCCGGCGCCCGCGCCCCUCCCUCCCCGGGCCGCCAGCCCCUUCCCGCCGCCGCGCCUGGAGGAGCCGGUCCCCGGGUCACCAUGCCCAGCAAAACCAAGUACAACCUUGUGGACGAUGGGCACGACCUGCGGAUCCCCCUGCACAACGAGGACGCCUUCCAGCACGGCAUCUGCUUCGAAGCCAAGUACGUCGGAAGCCUGGACGUGCCGAGGCCCAACAGCAGAGUGGAGAUCGUGGCUGCCAUGCGCCGGAUCCGGUAUGAGUUUAAAGCCAAGAACAUCAAGAAGAAGAAGGUGAGCAUUAUGGUUUCCGUGGAUGGAGUGAAAGUGAUUCUGAAGAAGAAGAAGAAGAAAAAGGAGUGGACAUGGGAUGAGAGCAAGAUGCUGGUGAUGCAGGACCCUAUCUACAGGAUCUUCUACGUCUCUCACGAUUCCCAAGACCUGAAGAUCUUCAGCUACAUCGCUCGAGAUGGCGCCAGCAACAUCUUCAGGUGUAACGUCUUUAAAUCCAAGAAGAAGAGCCAAGCUAUGCGGAUCGUCCGGACAGUCGGGCAGGCCUUCGAGGUCUGCCAUAAGCUGAGCCUCCAGCACACGCAGCAGAAUGCCGACGGCCAGGAGGAUGGAGAGAGCGAGAGAAACAGCAGCAGCUCGGGGGACCCAGGCCGCCAGCUCCCCGGGGCCGAGAGGGCGUCCACGGCCACCGCAGAGGAGACAGACAUCGACGCGGUGGAGGGUCCGCUCCCCGGGAACGACGGCCUGGAAUUCAGCCGAGGGGUCACUGACCUUGAUGCCGUCGGGAAGGAAGGAGGUUCCCACCCGGACCCUAAGGUUUCUCCCCACCCCCAGGAGCCCAUGCUGGCAGCCUCGCCCAGGAUGCUCCUUCCUUCUUGCUCCUCGAAGCCCCCGGGCUUGGGCCCAGGGACGCCGCUGUCCACGCACCACCAGAUGCAGCUCCUCCAGCAGCUCCUCCAGCAGCAGCAGCAGCAGACGCAAGUGGCUGUGGCCCAGGUUCACUUGCUGAAGGACCAGCUGGCUGCUGAAGCUGCGGCGCGGCUGGAGGCCCAGGCUCGCGUGCACCAGCUCCUGCUGCAGAACAAGGACAUGCUCCAGCACAUCUCUCUGCUGGUGAAGCAGGUACAGGAGCUGGAGCUGAAGCUGUCAGGACAGAACGCCAUGGGCUCCCAGGACAGCCUGCUGGAGAUCACCUUCCGCUCCGGAGGCCUGCCGGUGCUCUGCGACCCCACGACCCCGCAGCCGGAGGACCUGCCAUCGCCGCCCCCGGGCGCCGGGCUGAGCGAGCUGGCCCACCCCGCCGGCAGCCCCCUAGGUAGGCGCGACUGCCUGGUGAAGCUGGAGUGCUUCCGCUUCCUGCCGCCACCCGCGGGACCGCUGCUGGGGGGCCUGGAGCUCCUCAAGUUCCGCGAGUCGGGCAUCGCCUCGGAGUACGAGUCCAACACGGACGAGAGCGAGGAGCGCGACUCGUGGUCCCAGGAGGAGCUGCCGCGCCUGCUGAACGUCCUGCAGAGGCAGGAGCUGGGCGACAGCCUGGACGACGAGAUCGCCGUGUAGGGUGCUGCGGAGUGCAGCCGGGUGCAGCCAGGGUGCAGUCGGGGUGCCACGGGGUGCAGCCAGGGUGCAGCCGGGCUGCCGCAGGGUGCAUCUGGGGUGCAGCUGGGCACACUGCCGAGGAUGCCGUGCGGCGGAGGGCAGUGAGGACCCGGGAGGACGAGCCAUGUGGGCUCCAGCCUGGGGCCCCGGAGGGCCUGCGGCUUCAGGAAAGGAUUAGGAUUUGGCUGUGGGGGUCCAGUGGGGGAGAACUGGGACUCCCGGAGGUGAAUGGACCCCUCCCUCUUGCUUGUGACUUCGCGGGGAGGGCAGGCCUUCCAGGGCCCCUGGCUCGGCGAGAGGGUCCCUCCUGAGGACCACCAGGCUGCCAAGGACCUGCUGCCCGCGGGCUGCUUCCUCAGGCUCCUCUGCCCUGCACCUCCUGGGAUGCCCGGUAACCCCCUCCCGCCCCAUCUCCGGGUCUGCCGGUGAAGGGAAGUCAUCAGGAACCUUCUCAGGUCCUGGGUGUCUGGAUAUCGACGAUGCUACCGGUUGCCUAACCCUCCCUUGACCUUACGAAAGGAGUUCCUUCUCUAGGCCAUGGUGGUGAUAGAGGCUGGAUGCUCUGGGUGGGAAGAGACGGGAUGGUGCUUUCGGCGGGAGCGUGGAGUUGGGAUGUGUCACGUCGGGUAAGCUUUUGGAGGAAUUGAAUCUGGACGUUUCUCCAGGUGGAUGUUAAGGGUUGCUUCGGAGGGGGACGGGGAGCUGAAGGUCGUUCAGGCCUGUGCUGGGAGAGCCGUCAACCCGUCCCCUCCCCCUGGGCAGCAGUGGUCAGUUUUUACUGCAAAAAAACAAACAAAACAUCAAACAUAGGCUGGUAGCUGAGACUGUUUCCACUCUUCAGAAUCACUGCCACUUCGGUCAGGGUCCACAGCCGUGUCCCCCCGUGACCCGUCUCUGGGUGCGUGCCUCGAGCACACCUUGUGAAAAGUGCCACGUGCAAUUCUCUCGUCUCUGACCACCCAGGCCUUGUCUGGGGGCGUCCCCCCCCCCCCCCCGGUACCGCGGGCUGACUGUGGCAGGGAGCCCAAGCUCCUUUUUGCCACAGUUAGGCCACGAGCGGCUGUUAGCGGAUUGAAAGAUCGCCUCGAGAGAGAGCUGAGCCACGGCUGGGGUCCCGUGUUCGGGAAGUGAGUCUUUUGCCCGGGAGGACAAGCUACGGACCCAGACAGACGGCAGUGUUCUUGGAGGGUUAGUGGGUAAGGAUGGGGUUACCCAAACCACAGCGGUCUCCAGCCCUGACUUUGCUUUAUGAUCCGUGUAAAUGGAAGCGUAGCCCUUUUCUUAAGCAGCUGGACUUCUUCGAGACUAGAAAGUCCAAAUGCAAGGAAAUACAUAGCUUUACGGCAGCCGUCCUCGGCGCGCCAGGGUCCCGGCAGGAAGAGGAUGCGGUGUGCCCGUGUGUGCGUGCAUGUGUACGUAUAUGCUUGUUUGCCCGUGUGAGGGAGGGAAGGUGUGUACGUGCGCGUGGGUCUGCGAGGAGAGGAUGUGGAGACAGAGAAGAGAAUGUGAAUCUUCGGGGCGUCUGAACGACAGCAGAGUUGUGUUCUUUUCCUAACGUGUAUUUAGUUGGAGGGGGGGGUGGUUUCUUUUGCUGUGUCCUCUCGUUAACCACUGGAGGGAAGUAGGGCCAGAUGCCCGAGGAGGAACCAGGAAGGUGAGAGCCACCGAUGAAGGGGGGUGUCGGGGAUCUGGUGGGGCCGAGCCUAGCCAGCUUCCCAGACCCUCCCCUGGGUGCGGCCUCUCAGAGCCGUAGAAUGUGGAUCGUUCAGGGGAGCGGAGGGUCUGGCUUCUGGAAGCCCCUGCGUGUAGGCGGGAGUGGAGGGUGGAGCCAGCGGCCAGCAGGUGGGUCUGUGGAAUGUGGCGGGAGAGGGCUUGGGGUGCGGGUGGGGGAUGGUUUCUGAAGGGUCUAGAGAAGCUUGCAAAGCGGGAGAAGAAGGGGGGCUUAGGAGAGGGCUUAAAGAAUUUGAAGAGGCGAGUUGUGUGGACCACUGAUUCGGGACCUUUGCCCUCGGAUGCUCCAUGGGGGUCUCCACCUGCCUCAGCCCCGGCCUCCCCCCCCAGAGGGGGCCUUCCCCAGACCACUGGUUUGCGUGUCGGCAUCGUCCCCAGCGGGACCCAAAGCAUCGCACGCCGGGGUGUGGAGAAGGGAGACAGGAUGGAUCUGGGGGCCUUGACGGGUCAGCGGCCACUGGUCAGGAAAGAGAACAUCGCAGACCUGAUUUCCCAGCGACGUCACCCUCUCCUCCUCCCUCCUUGCUUCUCGCUCUGCUCACUCAACUCCUGCUUCCUCUUUUUCAUCCUGCUGCUCUGCCCUGUGCGGAGGACAAGUGGACACCAGGGGGGCGCCCACCUCAGCCUCAGCCUGCCCCGGGGGGCCGGCGGACUCCCGGGCCCGUGAGGCCCCCCAGGUGCAGGGCCAGCGAGGACAGACGGACUGCACACUGGGAUGAAAACGAUACUCCUUGUAUCCCUGCUUCUCUCCGUGCUUCUGUAAAGCCCCCGCCUGGCUUCCCCUCUCCCGGCGGCUCCUGUUCGGGACUUGUGUUCCUUUAAUUUCCCCUCUGCCCACCGCCUCCUCCCACCCCGCUCGGACCCUGAGCCUUCUACUUCUACAACUGUUGUGUCAUUAACUCUGUUGGUUCAACUCUCUGGGAAAAGAUUCUGUUCAUGUUAAGUGCACUUACUCCCUGGAUGUUGUCACUAGUCUAGUGGCUUUUGCUAAAUAAACCUUUCUUAUUUCUAAAAGCUUU